AUGACUAAAAAUUCAACUAUUCCUCCAACUGGCUUGAAUCAUGCCAGUGCACGUAAACAACGUAUUGAAAGUUGGGCAUCGAAAAGACAAAAUUCCAUAAAUCGUGGUAUCGCAACAGCAGCAUCUACUUUAUUAGGAACUGCAGCAGCACAAAAACGUUCGGAAAGUUCAUUUACACAAGCUAAUCGUAUGCUUAAUGUUCAUUUACUUCAAUUAAGUGAAGAAAGACAAAAAAUAAUUGAACAAAGAACGUUCGAUCAAAAAUUAUUUGCUAAUAAACAAGCAAUAAAACAUAAAGAUAAUCAAGUUGUACUUGAUACAUUGAGUUAUGUACGAAAAUGUUGUAGAUAUGUUGAUACAAAUGAUUAUAAAAUAGAAUAUCCUGAUCCACUUGCACAUCCAACAAGAAAAUCUAAAACGAAACGAGGUCUUUCACGAUCAUCAUCCGUAUCUGCUAAGUCAUCAUCAAGUAAACGAAGUUUAUCUGCUAGUACAAACAAUCAAAUAAAUACAUCAUUAACAGAAAUAUCUCCUGAACUAGAUGAUUUAUCACCUGCAAAUCCAAAACCAGUUGAAAAUGAAAUAACGGAUAAUGUGGCAACUCCUACAAUGUCAAAUGAAACCUUAAUUGAUGAUGAUUCACAAAAACGUCACGUUCAAUUUCAAAUCCAUAGUGAUAAUACAAUUUUAAUUAAUGAAACGACUCCAUUGAUGAAUAAAUCGAAUUCAUACAAUGAAAAUAAACAUAUGAAACGAAAUAUAACCUCUGCACCUACGGUUCGAACAUCAAAUUCAUCCUAUGAUAUGCGUUCAACAAAUUCUGCUCCUUCAUGUAAAACAGAAUUAUCAAUAAUCGGUUAUUCAAAAGAAAAAAUCAAUCAAUCAUUGAAAUCUAAACGAUUUAUACCACAAAUAAAUUCAGCAAAACCUUCUGUACAAGAAUUUCGUCUUCAUCCUGAAAAAUUUCUAAGUGCAUCUAAUUGUUAUCUACCAUUACUUCGUCGACAUGCUAUAGAAAAUGAAACAAAAGAAUAUCUUACUAAACAACAAAAAGAAAAAAAUAAUAAUCUAACUAAAAAACAACAAAUACAUUUUUCACCAUCACUUUCACGUCUUUCAGCUGAAUCUGAUGUUGUAUUCGAUGAUGCAAAAUCAUUUCUUAGUGAAGAUAAUGAAAUUGGAAAAUAUACAAGUCAUUCACAAUUAUCUCAUUCGAAUGAACAAGAACGUAAGAAUAGUAAAAAACGUCUACCAACUAAAAUUGAUAUGAUGGAUAAUACUUCUGAUGAUUCUCUAUCACAUACAAUAGCUAUGACACGACUUCGUGAUCGUGAAUAUGCUCGUUUAAAUGAAUUAGUACAUUCAAAUCUUAUUGAAAAAAUUCUUGAACCACUUUCAACAAUAAAAAAUGAUGAAAAUGAACAAAUCAAUUUAAAACAAGAAAAAACUUCCAAUAAUAAUAAUAAACAACAAUUGAAUACAUCAAGCAGAGCACGUCAACUUGCUGAUAUUUUACGUUCAAUUGAUUCAUUAUCUUGUUCGGAUAUGACUGAAAAACAUCAUACACGAAAAGAUGUUGAUGUCGAACAAAAUCAAGCAAAACUAGGCAUUCUUAUUUUUUAA